GGAGAUAAAUAGGAGCAGCCUCGGCACCAGGCUGCAGUGCGUCUCCUGCUCCCUUGCCUCUUGCCCAGCUCAGCACCCACCAUGGCUCUGCGCCUCCUCCUGCCCCUGCUGCUGCUGGCCGCUACCAUCCUCAUCGUCCAGACUCAAGGCAUUGGCAGCUCGGCUUCGGACUGUUGCCUGAAGAACAGCCAGGCUGCCAUCCCCAGGGGCUUGGUGAAGUCCUACAUCCUCCAGGGACCCGAGUCGGGAUGUUUGCUGCGUUCUGUUGUGUUUAUCACCAAGAAGAAUAAGAAAAUCUGCGCUUCUCCCACUGAUCCUGCUAUUCAGAUGCUGAUGCAGAACUUGGACAAGAGGGUGAAGAAUGACAAGAAGGACAGGAAGAAGGGACAGUACCCACGUUCUGGGGGCAGACCCAGGAGGCAGAAGAGGCAGCGGGUCUAAGUCAGGCCUGAAGAGGACGGAUGCCUUCCCCACCGACGACCGACCCAACGCCUGGCAAUGGACAUCCACACACCACCCACCAGCCCCGGGGCAAGGACAGGGCUGGCCGGGGGGGAGGUAGGGGGGCUGCCCUCCACUCUGCAGCCCCCUCUGCACUGCCACGUGUGCCGCAGAGAUCCCCCCAGCCGGGACCCUUGCACCGGCUGGGUGCUCUCGGUGGCGGGGGGCACCCCCAGGUCCCCACUUGCCCCUUGGCCACCCCAGCGGGGACCUGGACCCAUGUGGGAGCUGAGCCGUGGCCCCGAGGGGAAAGUGGGCAGCCUUCCUGCCAGAGGGGAUUUCUGUAGCUUGGCAGGAUGGCAGCUUUUCC